CGCAGAACGUUGCAGAUAGCAAUUCAACAUCUAGAACGGUUACAGUUCUCGGCAACAAUGUUCUAAUGAUAAAUGCGAUACAUUUCUAUCUUCAACGUUCUGAACUUUGCGCCCAAUGACCCUUUUGGCUGACUACGUGCAUUUCCUAUUACAACAAGGCCGACCACAGCAGAGGAGCAGGGUUGAAGUUUGUGGAUUAUUUAGCUCGUUUUAACAUUCUGAUGAAUUUCCAGGAACGCUGUGUGCUGAUCUCACUAGUUUUGUGACUGAAUUGAGUUGUUUCGGUGGUUAUAUCGCUCGACGGUUGAGACGCCGCCGUAUUGUUUUCAUCAAGAUCAAGAACCAUUGACUGCAUCAUCAUUUUUGGAAUCGUUUUAACUGACUCGAAUGUAGAUUACAACUCGCAUCUAUUCCAUCCCCGCGCUGGCUGCCUCUGCGUUCUUCUCAUAGUGAUGCAUCUAUUGACGUUUUGUUCCGUUUGAUAGGUGUGUAUGCGUUUGUGUGUUAUGGUGACGUCCGGUGUGUGAGGCCUGUGACAGGAGACCCACUGCCUCCUCCCCUUCAGCAUGUCUGGACCCCAGACUGAAACAUGGCCGCAGGGCACGGAGUGUAUGGCCAAGUACAACUUUAAGGGCACCACAGAGCAGGACCUGCCCUUCAACAAAGGAGACGUCUUAACCAUCAUCGUCGUCACUAAGGACCCCAACUGGUACAAAGCCAAGAACACCGCAGGUCGAGAAGGCACCAUCCCAGCUAACUAUGUCCAGAAGAGGGAAGGGGUGAAGCAAGGAGGCAAGCUGAGUCUAAUGCCAUGGUUCCAUGGUAAGAUCACCAGGGAGCAGGCAGAGAGUCUCCUGAUCCCCCCAGAGAUGGGCUUGUUCCUGGUCAGAGAGAGCACCAACUACCCCGGGGACUACACCCUGUGUGUCAGCUGUGACGGCAAGGUGGAGCACUACCGUAUCGUCUAUAAGGAGGGCAAGCUCAGCAUCGACGAGGAUGAGUUCUUCGAGAACCUCAUGCAGCUGGUGGAGCACUAUACCAAAGACGCAGACGGUCUCUGCACCAACCUGAUCAAGCCGAAGCUGGAGGAGGGAACUGUGGCAGCCCAGGACGAGUUCUCCAGGAGCGGCUGGGCUCUGAACAGGAAGGAGCUUAACAUCCAACAUUCCAUAGGGAAGGGAGAGUUUGGAGACGUGAAGGUAGGAGACUACAGAGGGACCAAAGUAGCGGUGAAGUGUAUCAAGCACGAUGCCACAGCACAGGCCUUCAUCGCAGAGGCCUCAGUUAUGACCCAGCUGAGACACACAAACCUGGUCCAGUUGAUAGGUGUCAUCGUUGAGGAGAAGGGAAGCCUGUUUAUCGUCAGUGAGUACAUGGCCAAGGGCAGUCUAGUGGAUUACCUGCGCUCCAGAGGCAGGACGGUGAUCUUCGGGGAUUCUCUACUCAAGUUCUCACUAGACGUGUGUGAGGCGAUGGAGUAUCUGGAGGCCAAUAACUUUGUCCACAGAGACCUGGCGGCGCGUAACGUUCUGGUGUCUGAUGAAAACAUCGCUAAGGUCAGCGACUUCGGCCUGACCAAAGAGGCCUCAUCCAAUCAGGACACGGCCAAACUGCCCAUCAAGUGGACCUCACCAGAAGCCCUGAGAGAGAAGAAAUUCUCCACCAAGUCAGAUGUGUGGAGCUAUGGGAUCUUGCUGUGGGAGAUCUACUCCUUUGGCCGAGUGCCUUACCCCAGAAUUCCUCUGAAGGAGGUGGUACCACGCGUAGAGAAGGGCUACAAGAUGGAGGCCCCGGACGGCUGUCCUGAGGUGGUGUAUGAAGUCAUGAAGCAGUGCUGGACUCUGGACCCCCUGGUGCGGCCCCGCUUCAGAGUCCUCCGGGAGAAACUGCACCAUAUCCUAGCUAAGGAGCUCUACCUGUGAGAGGAUCAGAAUAGGAGGAAGGGGGAGAGAGGACAAGGGUGGCUCUCCUUUCAUUGAGGAAGAGGGGGAGGUAGAGAAAGGACGAGGGAGAAAGGGGAGUUGACAACCUGCCUUUAUCAAGACCUCCGUCAGAGAUCCUCCUUCCUCCCUUGUUCAUUUUUCUUUCUCCAAAAAUGAAAGAUUCCCAUCAGAUUGUGUUAAAAGUUCACUGGUUUUCUGACUUGAUGUUGUUGUUUUUUUUCCUCAUUCUGUUGAAAUGCUUUUGCCACAUGUUGGCAUCCCUCCCCCCACCUCAGGGUUGCCUGUAUGUCUGUACUACAGUACAGUAGUGGGUGUGUGUCUGGCCGGUGUCAAACAAACCCAACCUGCCCUGCCCUGAGGUACUAUACUCCUUUCACACUAUCACACCGACCUGAAGCGUACCGUGCUGGCUCAGAUAUGUUCAUUUUGACAUUGGAUGUAUAACCAGGCCAGUGCAGUAGGAAGAGCUAGGCUAGUGUGAAUCCACCCCGAGCCAGGUAAUACCCUUGCCAUGUCCCUGCACUCUACCCAAUACGGGAUAAGAGAGUAUUUAACUGGGGUAUUAAUCUAUGCCAAAGUUGCCUCCAGAACGAACACAGGACUAUCCCCACAGAUGCAUCACACCUCCUCUACAUGCUUGCCUUUUUUGUUAUUUCUAAGUUUUAUACAUUGUCUAUUUUCAUUCCAUAUCCUUCUCUCUUAUGGACAAGUGUUCAUCUCACAUUUACCAAACUGGAAAGCAGGUCAAAUCCUCCAGGAAAAAGUAUUCGAUGACCUGUAACAUGACAAAGAGCAUGGAUUCCAGAGGGAAAAUACAUUUUGGAGAAGAAGAAAAAAUACAUUUUUGUAACAGAAAUGAAGGGCAAGUGUAUGGAAAUGUAAGGGUCUUGGAAUAUUCAGAGUAAAAUAAAGUUAAGAACUCAAGGGAACUGUCCGUGUGGAAUGAAAAGCCUUGUUUCUAAAGUUAGUUAUUUUUACUUUGCUAAGAUGAUUAAAUCAUUCCACUUAAAUGUUU